AUGAUGACGCUCUACGACUGGAUGUCUUUGCUGACGAUGAUGAUUCGUCCUGGCACUUCUUCGUCCAGUAUGGGUGUUGAAACAAGGUUGAAGGGUGCCUGCGUAGCUGUAGUGGCAGUGGGUGGCAUGGCUAUUUCAGGAAAGCCCAAGGAUUUCUUCACCGCAGGAACCUUGAUCGCUGAAAGGCACAUGUCAAAAGAUCAGGCACACAUCUUUGCUUGCAAUUCUCAUGGCAAUAUAUAUAUAUGUUCGUCUAUCUUAGGGUUUUUCACAGGUACAGAAAGGAGCAACUUACCUAAACCACACAACACUAAGAAGAAGCUGUAUGUUAACAGAUAG